GCCCUCUCUUGUCCUUAAAGCCGCCAUUACUGUAUCGGCGAGUGCGGCACAGCGGAGCGCUUCAACAAUAAGGAAACGUCGAAAUAGAUUCGUUUUGUUCUUUUUUUGAGGAAAAAAAAACGCUUUUCAUCUCCAUAAUUUUUUUUCCCCUGUCGAUUAAUCGAAAGCCGAGCCCUCCGUCGUGAAGAGGCGGUUGUUGUGUGUGGGCGCGCGCGGGAUAAAAGUUUUAUUGAGAGGGAAAACAAACGACAAGAAAAUGGGCGACAAACUCGACAUGUCCCUGGACGAUAUCAUCAAACUGAACCGACAGAAAAGCCCGGGCGGCCGCGGAGGCAGAGGUGCCCGCGGCGGAGGUGGAGGAGGCGGCAUGGGCCGCGGAGCAGGCCGAGGCGGCGGGGGCGGCCUAGCCGGCCGAGGAGCAGCGGGAGGCCGCGGUGGCGGUGGAGUUGGGGCGGGAGCCCUGGCUGUAGGCCUCAUGCGCAACAGACAGAGUGCAAUCCGGGGGAGAAACCGACCGGCUCCGUACAGCAGGCCGAAACAACUCCCAGACAAGUGGCAGCAUGACCUUUUUGACAGUGGUUUUGGCGCUAGCGGCGGUGUUGAAACUGGCGGAAAACUCUUGGUGUCCAACUUAGACUUUGGUGUGUCUGAUGCAGAUAUUCAGGAACUUUUUGCUGAAUUUGGGACAUUGAAGAAAGCAGCUGUGCAUUAUGAUAGAUCGGGUCGCAGCCUAGGGACGGCAGAUGUACACUUUGAGCGAAAAGCAGAUGCUCUGAAAGCUAUGAAGCAGUAUAAUGGAGUACCUUUAGAUGGACGACCAAUGAACAUUCAACUGGUUACCUCACAGAUUGAUGCCCAAAGGAGACCACUUGUCAGUGGAAACAGAGGAUUAAACCGAUCUCGUGGUAGUGCUUUUGGAGGUGGAAACAGGCGAUCCAGAGGCAGCAACAGAGGUGGGAGAGGUCGUGGGGGAAGGAAUCCAAGGCAGCAGCUAUCAGCAGAGGAACUGGAUGCCCAAUUGGAUGCUUAUAAUGCCAGGAUGGACACGAGUUAAGUGACCUUGAAAUUGACUCGUCAGUGGCUGAUUUUUUUUUUCCUUGUGGGAGGGACAAGAACAAUGUAGUCUAGUAACUCCGUGAAAUAGGUUUUUAAAUAUAUGUAACUUUUUAAGUCACAGUCCUGUUUUGUACUGAAUGUUUUCAUUUUGGGAUACGUUUUAUUGGUUGCAUGUCUUCAUGGGAGGGUGGACUUGCCCAGCCAGACCAUGAAAUAAAUGCGCAUUGUUAACUGAA